AACCAAAUUCCCUUCAACUUUCUCCCUUCUUCAUUUCUCAUUGUUUCUGCUUCUGCUCUGUUUUUUUUUGGGCUACUUCUGACACUUGGGAAAACAAAAUUCAAACUUCUCUCUCUCUCUCUCUCUCUACUCUCUCUCUCUCUCUCUCUAGAAGUGGAGUGGAGUAAAAUGUAUGCAGAAAGUGGGUUACCGUCACCAUACUUGGCAAACUUAUCUCACCAAGUUCAACACUUUGACGAGUCUUCCUUCUCACUAAUGCCCAUCGCUUCAUUGGCAUCCGCUAAUCUUGGCGGAGAACCAUUAGCUGGCGUUGAUCCAAUGACCGGUGCAAUUUCCAUGCUUGCGUGCGGAGAUGAUGUCAUCACCCCACAAUCUUUAACCAUUUCAGAUAUUGAAUCGUCUAUUAGGAGCGGACACCUCCUUAGUGAGGUUUUCUACGAGUGCAGGAAAGAUCUUUUAGCCAAGGAAGGGAACGAAACCGCACUCUCUGAUGUCUUCAGUAUCGAACUCCCUACUGACAAAUCGAACGACGAAAACAUCACCGUUGACGAGAAUAUUCUUGCAUCCGCCGUUGGAAUAUUCCAGAAAAGUAUUAGCUUGACUUAUUCAAGGUCAAUGGAUCAAUUUGUUCACGAAACUACUAGUAUUACUACUACUACACAAGGGCCAACGUUUCAAGAUUUCCCUUCUUUGGAGUUCGGAGCUGCUUACGGGAUGCGACGAGCAUUCAGUGAAGGAGAUAUAAAGGGAAUCUGCGCUUCUGAAGAUCGCAUGGAAAAGCUAUCGAGAUACUGGAUUAAGAAGUCCAAGCGAAAUUUCGGCAAAAAACUCAAGUAUGCUUGCAGGAAGACUCUUGCCGACAGCCAACCUAGGGUACGUGGAAGGUUCGCCAAGACCGAAGAAAUUGAAUGUCCCAAGAAGGGAUGAUAUCAUUGUCUCGUUUAUGUGUUCUUAACUACUUACGAAGCAAGUGUAAUAAUCCAUUUUGUAGAUCAAAUGUUCGACUAGAUUUUGUAUAUAUAUGUGUAUGUAUAGUCUAUUAGUCUUUGUUUCAUAGCAAACCAAAUACCGAAAGAUGAGGAUGCCAUCCAUUGCGGUUGAAAUCUGUUAAAGGAUGCCGUUAGUAUGUAACCGACCUAAUCAGCUGGCAAGAGAUGAUCGGUGGAAGUGAAUAGAGGCAGCUGCAGCUGCGGAGCUCAUUCCAAAAGAUUCUGUGAAGCUAGUAUACAUAUAUAUAUAUAUAGAAUCUUGUUAGCAUUCGAAGUGAGUCGGUUAGAUAACACGUUGUAUUCGUAGAUCAAGAGAGAGACGAGACGAGAGGGAAAAAAAGAGGAAAUAUGGAGAAAAUUGUAUUAAGGUUUUCAGAGGCAGAUUUACGUUCGUGUACAAUCUUGAAUCUCUGUAAUCGUUCGAUGUUGUAAUGAAUUUUUCCCUCUCUCCACGUGGAUGUAGAUCACUCUGAUCGAACCAUGUUAAAUCUAACCAUGUUAAACA